ACAGCUGAACGAAGAUUUCCAAAACAUCACCUUCACGGUGAUAGAUGAUGACUUGCUUAUGGACGAUAAGGUUGGAUCAGUCAACUUUAACAUAGAAUCGCACAAACUGUUGCAAGGGCAGACGCAUGAGGGCUGGUUCCCGUUGGAUGGGGAUGCACGCAAUGGCGAAAUUUACCUGACACUGGCCUUCCGCGUGGCUGGCAGCGAGAUCGAUGUACCGAACUGUUACUUCGAUGUACGCGAGAACUCCAAAUGCACACUGUAUCAAGAUGCGCACCAUGAUGACGGCGACCUACCUACGCUGGUGAAGGCCAACGGAGAGGAAUACGAGCACGGAAAGUGCUGGAGUGAUCUGUACACAACCGUACAAGAGGCUGAACAUUUCAUUUAUAUUACGGGAUGGGCGGUGUGGAUCAACACGGUACUGUGUCGUGGAGAGGGUGAUGAUUCCACCAGCUUGGGCCAACUUUUACGACAGAAGGCGGCUCAAGGCGUAAAGAUUUGUCUGUUGGUUUGGAAUGAGAAGACCACUUUGCAGAAAGGAGAGUUUGUGCUGAACGGGAUGAUGGGCACACACGAUGAGGACACGCGCGUGUUUUUUGAGGAGGAGUUCGAGGGCUACAAGAAUGUCAAGUGCAAGCUAGCCACACGCUACGCAUCUCAGGGUGCGCUGACACAGUUUGUGUUCACUCAUCACCAGAAGUCGGUGAUAUGUGACAGUCCCUGUGCCGAAUAUCCCGACAGAAAGCGCACUGUGGCGUUUAUGGGUGGUAUAGAUCUGUGCGAUGGUAGGUACGACACACCCAAGCAUCCCAUUUAUAGAACACUGCAGAGCAUACACAAAGACGACUACCACCAGGUCUGGCCGGGCAUUACACAGGAACAUGGGCCAAGGCAACCGUGGCACGAUAUACACAGCAAAGUAGAGGGCCCUGCAGCCCUGAUGGUCAAGACAAACUUUGUAGAUCGAUGGCACGAACAAGGCAGUAAAUACCUGGCAUUUCUCAAGGUAUGGAGAGACGACGAUGGGCCCAUGUUAUCAGAAGAAGAGGAGGGCACACUUUACGCAGAGGAUCCGGAGAGAUGGUCAGCUCAACUUUUCAGGAGCAUUGAUGGCAGCAGUGCUCGUUUCCCCAACCUGAGUUUUGCCGAGCAGUUACAGGAACAGUUACAAGAGAUUGGCAAGCACCAUGUAGAGAAUAGCAUCCAUACAGCCAUGGUACACCACAUAAGGCGUGCUGAGCGGUUCAUAUACAUUGAGAAUCAGUACUUCAUUGGCUCCGCUCCACACUGGAAUGAGCAACAGAAUUCAGGUGCGAUAAAUCAGGUCCCGGCCGAACUUGCGAUUAAAAUCUGCCAAAAAAUCGCGGCCGGCGAACGCUUUGCAGUGUAUAUCCUCAUUCCCCUGUUUUGUGAAGGGUGGCCAGAGGAAGCGGCACCCAAUGAAAUCAUGUUUUAUCAGUUUUUGACGUUCGAGUUCAUGUACAAAUGGAUUGGUGAGGCUAUUCAACGCGCAGGCAGUGACGCACACCCCAAGGACUACUUAAACGUCUUCUGCCUGGGCUGUAGAGAAACAGAAGAAGGCUCUGAUCACACGGCAGAUCUAAGGAGCUGUCCGCCCGCGAGCCUCCAGGCAAAAAUCAACGCAUCUCGACGGUACAUGGCGUAUGUACACUCUAAGAUGAUGAUUGUUGAUGAUGAAUACGUCAUGGUUGGAUCGGCAAACAUCAAUGAGCGCUCCCUGGCUGGUGAUCGAGAUACCGAGCUGUGCAUGGGUAUGUAUCAACCUAACUACCGGAGGGAAGAGAACAAUGAGUUACCCAAAGGCGACGUGGCGUGCUUCCGCAAAGCACUCUGGUGCGAACACGCGAGCUCCGUCGCAGACGAGAGCGAUGUGUUAGACCAGCCAGACUCCAUGGAGUGUGUGAAGAUGAUGCGGAAACGCGCCGAUGAGAAUUGGGCCAAAUACAGCGGCGACGAGGUUGUAGACAUGGAGGAACAUCUGAUGACGUAUCCAUUCAACGUAGCGAGAAAUGGGAAAAUAGCCAUCAUUCCUGGCCAGGAAGACUUCCCUGAUACGAAUGCCCGGGUGCAUGGCAAAUGCUCUGGUACUAUGCCUGAUAUUUUGACCACUUAAUAGAUAAUUAUCGUAAAGGUUG